GGUGCCGGCAGCAGCUCUGUGAAGGAGGAUGAGCAGCGAGAGGAGCAUGAACCGAAGCCAGCCACUGGGGGAGAAGAUCGCGGACGAGAAGAAGGGGCCGCGUAGGAAGCUUCGAAUGAAGACACGCGUCCUAAUACAUCAUCACACUUGAAAGCAAGCCUGGCUGUACGUCAACCAUGAUGGCAGAAUCUCUGCCCUUCUCUACGGAAACCCCAGUGCCCAGCUGGGACCUGGAGGCCUGGUACGAGGACUUGCAGGAAGUGCUUUCCUCGGAUGUCACCAACAGGACAGGCCCCCCUGUAGGGGGAGAGGAGCUGAAGGAGUUUAUCGAGGCGGACGGUUCCACCCUGCUGUGGAGCCUAGAGACCUCAAAUCCCUUGGAGCCUAGCGGUGGCGAGGCGGCUGGGACCUGCGACCUGGACCCCGCCCUCACAGCUGAACUUCUGGAACUGCUUGGUGAGGAGCCGCUGGGACCUGCCGAGUCUGACUGCAGUCACAGUUCCCAAGCCCAGACGGGCACGGACGAGGAGGAGGGGGUGCCUCCCAGCCGGAAGAGGAAGUGGAGCGGGCAGCCUCAGGGUGGCAAGAGGCAGCGAGGCAGAGAGCGGGAGCAGGAGAACGAGCGCCGAGUGGCAGAGCUGACGGCCCACAAUCAGCGGCUCCAGGAGGAAAUAGAGCAGUUGAGCGCGGAGGUGGAAGCCACCAGGGCGGCGCUCAUCCAGAGGAUGGUGAACCUCAAGACUUGAGGGAGGUGCGGUGCUUCCCCAGC